CAAAGAUCCAAAAGAUCCAAAGCGGUACCGGUACCGGCAUUCCGGCCUGGAUUUCGAAGAACAAAAACAGCAACAAAGAGCAACAGCAAGAAAGGGCACACUCUAUCACUCCACAAGCAAGCUUCAUCCUUGGAGACAUACAUGCAAUAAUAAGAUGGCAACCUCGGAGGGUGUGAUCCGCCGCAGUAAUGCUGCUAGCAAGAAGCCAGAUAGCAAAUGGAGUCCAGGAGACGAAACGAAGCGACGACGGAAAAAGCGCAAAAAGACACAAUUCGAUGGCCAGUUGAUCAUCCUCGUCCUAUUCGUCGUGCUCAUGGUGGGCGUCUACGGCACUCGCUACCUGUUGUCGUCGUCGACGGAUGAUCCAGUGACCAAAGAAGCACCAAUGGAGAGACGAGUUGUGGAAGAAGAAGAAAAAGAAGAGACACAGAAAAAGCCAGCUCUGCGACAAGAAUCACAACAGCAAGAAUCCACUACCGCCGACCGAACCGACGAAAAAUUAGCCUUGACGACUGAUCUGGGCACCAUCAUCAUUCACAUGAGACCAGAAUUGAGUCAAGGAUCGGUUGAUUAUCUGCAUCGAGUGGUAGAAGAGGGUUGCAAAACGUGUCGCUUUUAUCGCUGCGAACCAGAGGGUAUCUUACAGGGUAUCAUGGACAUGAAGAAUCCCCGCUACAAUACCGAACUAGGGCCCUGUCCCAAGGGAUCGGAAAACGUCCCCAACGACUGUCCCGAAUGGGAUAAGCAUUGUGGCUGUCACGGUCCCGUCAUGAAACGAGGAAUGGUGGCAUGGGCGGCGGGACAAGCCGGUGGUCCCGACUUUUUCUUGUCCAAUUAUCGAGAACCGGCCACUUGGUGGGGGACGCAACACACCAAUUUUGGAGAAAUCUUGCCGGAAGAUACGGAAAGCUUUGCCGUCAUUGACAAGAUAUUCAAGCUGCCCUCCAAGGACGAACAAGGCCUGACCUUUAUCAAUAAACCGGUCCAUUUCACAUUGAGUUGGAUGGAAUAAUGAUGAAAAUGGCAGCAAGCUAUAUUUAUUUGAUGGAUAAAUGCAAACAACAAAAAGACUUGCCGCUGGACAAAGCAGGCAAUCGGAUAGACUUCAUGAUACGGUGCUACUUACCGCAGGGACUCGUGGUCACUGAAAACGAGGAAGCAUGCAGGUGGAAAACCUUCAACAGAUACCCAGCCAACAACCGUUCCUCCAGCCACUUUGGGCUACUAGCUAGGGCGUGGUUCAGCCGUCCAUGCAAAACUGCUCCUCUUGUUACAGGGCAAGCUACAUGUAUCUUCUGCAGAAUGUGUACCGUACCAACAGUUCCAAUCAACAAUCUGUAGAAAAGAGCUAGUAUGUAUGCGCUUCGUUCCAAAAACUGACCUUUACUACCGGUACUGCAUUGGAAGAAAAUAAUAGGAUCCUUUGUUCUUCUCCCAGUUUGAGCGCCGGGGUCAGAAAGGACAUGCAGCGGUGGUCGUUCUAUAGAUAAGAAGACCUUGUUUCGACCGGCAAUGUAGCCCCAACUAUAUGACGCGGCACUGACGAGGUCCAGGGAGGAUUGAAUAACAACCUACUUGCCCUCUCUGAGCUCAAUGGUAAAAGCAUCCUGCUAGCCACUGACCUUCUCAUGGUUGACACGAUACUUGUCAUCCUGCACAUCCAAUUCUGCAUUGGAUCCACCAGUCUCCAGUCUCCAAUACCAGACUCAAUGUGCAGUACGGUAGGAAUACAGGUAGUGUGCCUUGAUUCCAAUGGGGAUAUGCAAUCCAGUUCCAUGUGCAGACUUGCAAUUGGGGCUACUGCUAACAGCUAAGUACUGAGGAGGAAGACCAAGUCACACCUCCACGUAUGUUUAUACCCAUGCUCAGACAGGAGGGC